UAUCCUUAGUUGCCCAUGAAACACUUACCUCUCGCAUGCUGCUUGUUGAGUUGUAGCUUGCAAGUCACACACAUGCCUGCAAUGAAGUAUACAUCCUUCCUCCAGAAGUUCCUCCUCCUGAUUGCUCUUAUCCUCGCAACCUUGGCAUCCGGCGAUGACCAAUUUCUCUUCUCUGGCUUCAACCAAUCCAGCCUAACCCUCGAUGGUUGUGCCGCGGUCACAGACACUGGCCUCCUUGAUCUGUCCAAUGACACGAGCGGUCUCAAAGGUCACGCCUUCUACCCUACUCCUCUGCAUUUCCGCAAGUCGCCCGGUGGAAAAGUUCAAUCCUUCUCAGUCUAUGUAGUUUUCAGCACCUUCAUCACAUACCAAGACUUGAGCGCUGAAGGCAUGGCCUUCUUCAUCGCCCCCACCAAGAAUUUCUCCGAUGCACGGGCGCCCAAGUACUUUGGCCUCCUCAACGAGAAGAACAAUGGCAACACAAGCAACCACAUCUUCAUGAUCGAGCUCGACACCUACAAAAAUGCUGAGCUCCAAGACAUCAACGACAACCAUCUCGGGAUUAACAUCAACAGUGGAAUCUCCUUGCAAUCCAGAACAUCUGGCUUCUAUGAAGACGAGAGUGGUGCCUUCGAGAAUAUGACGCUGAAUGGUAACAAGGCUAUGCAACUGUGGGUAGAAUAUGACAAGAAUGAUAUGCAGAUCAAUGUGACCUUAGCUCCAAUCAACAUACAGAAACCAUCAAGGCCACUGCUCUCUGCAACCUGUGAUCUCUCAACUGUACUCUCCGACUCAGCUCAAGACAUUGGAUUCUCAACCGUAUCUACUCCCAUCAACACCCGUCAGUAUGUGUUGGGAUGGAGUUUUGGCAUGAAUAGACCAGCUCCAUCCAUUGACAUCUCCAAGCUUCCUAAGUUGCCUCUUGUUGGUAAGAGGGCCCAGUCCAAGCUCUUGGAGUUUGUCCUACCAAUAGCCACUGCAACAUUUAUUCUCUCUGUGGGCACUCUUGUUGCUCUAGUUGUGCUAAGGAGAAUGAAGUAUGCAGAGGUGCAUGAGGAUUGGGAGGUAGAGUUUGGCCCGCACCGAUUCUCGUACAAAGAUUUGUUCCAUGCUACGGGAGGGUUCAAAAACAAACACCUACUUGGAGAAGGAGGUUUUGGAAAAGUAUAUAAAGGAGUGCUUCCAUUGUCUAGUGUUGAGAUUGCUGUGAAGAGGAUGUCUCAUGAGUCAAGACAGGGGAUGAAGGAGUUUAUCACAGAGGUUGUUAGCAUCGGCCGACUCCGCCAUCGCAACCUUGUGCAGCUACUUGGCUAUUGCCGUAGAAAAGGUGAACUGUUUUUGGUUUAUAAAUACAUGCCAAAUGGUAGCCUUGAUAAAUAUCUACAUUGUGAGGAGCACAAGGCCAUUUUGAAUUGGGCUGAGAGGUUUCGAGUAAUCAAAGGCAUUGCUACCGGCUUGCUCUAUCUCCAUGAGAAGUGGGAGAAAAUAGUAAUCCAUAGAGACAUCAAGGCAAGCAAUGUACUCCUGGAUGGUGAAAUGAAUGGGCGGCUUGGUGACUUUGGCCUUGCCCGGUUAUAUGAUCAUGGCACCGACCCACAAACCACACAUAUUGUUGGUACGAAGGGGUACAUAGCCCCCGAGCUACUACGUACAGGGAAGGCAUCCCCUCAUACAGAUGUUUUUGCCUUCGGCAUGUUCCUUCUCGAGGUUGCAUGCGGGCAAAAACCUGUCAAGAAAAAUGCAGAGGGAAAUGAGGUUUUCUUGGUCGAUUGGGUACUUGAGCAUUGGAACAAUGGGUUGCUUACUGAGACAGCGGAUACCAGGCUCCAAGGUGACUACUGUAUUGAUGAGGCUUACCUCGUGUUAAAGCUGGGACUUCUAUGCCAGCACCCGUAUCCUAGUUCAAGGCCUAGGAUGCGAGAAGUUAUGCAAUACCUCGAUGGUGACAUGCCAUUACGCGAGCUGAGGCAGACGCAAGUGAGCUUGAUGAACAUGGAGGCCUUGAUGAAAAGCAAUGGACCGAACUCAUCUGUCGUGUCAUACCCGCAAAUGACAACAAGCUUCGGCACAAUAUCUGGCCUCUCAGGAGGAAGAUGAUAUCCAUAGUGUUUUGUCGUUGAUUACGUACACUGUUUCUUAGGAGCACAUAUAUAAAUGUAGUAAGUCGCUAGAAAUAAGCAUACGAGGAUGAUCAGUUACAUGUCUAAAGUCUGUACAACAUUUUCAUUUAGAUGCUCAUAAGUUGUGUGUAUAUUUAUGUAUGUUUACCUUUGAGCUCUUGU